AUAGUUAUCUUUAGUAAUUCAUUCGGCAUCUUAAUUUUUUUUCCUGCUUGAAGAUCCAAAGUUGCUUACACUACGUGGCGGUGGUGUUUGGGUGCGGGGCCGCAGUUUUGCUCUUGCUGAACAUUCUGGUCUGGAAGCAAACACGGCCGAUUCGAUAUCUUGAAAUUUUAAGAAAAUCAAUAAUCAAAAGAUGUUGGAACGAGACAAGGAGUACGAUAUUCACCUCCGAACCUUAUCAUCAAAUGCUCGCCACUCCAAUUUCAACGCCGAUCCUGCUUCCGACCCUGCUCUUCUCAUUUCAGUGAAGAAGCUUUACUUGCUGUGUCAAACUGAGCAGUCUGAGGAUUUGAUUGCUAGGGUUUAUCCGCACUUGAAUCGGAUUUUUCAGCGGGCAUUGGCUUCUAUUUCUCAAUCGCAAACAUCUAACGGAUUGCUUUUAUUGGCCAUUCUUCAGUUUUUCCUUGAUUUUGGGGAAAUUGUUCUCCAUGAUGCUGAUCCUAGCCUCAGGGCGUUUUUCCGUUCAUGCUUGAGCCGUGAGUUUGCAGACUAUGUUGUUGCAGAAGCAACCCUUGAUUUUCUACAUGCAAAUAAGAAAAAACUACUCACUUCUUUUCCCUCUACACUCCCUCAGUAUUUUCCGUUACUGCUGAAGCUGAUUGCCUGGAACGGAGAGAAAUUAGAAAAAGCAUUUCUCAGGAUAUUCCCAGGGUUGAUAUCUCCAGGAUCAUUUCUUCCACUAUCUCCAUCAAUUGUUGAUUUACCAAUAUUGGUUGUAGCACUGGAAAAAGUGGAACGCGGCUCUGGGUCUCUCAUUGGCAGUGGCAUAGCCUCCAUUCAGAAGAGUACUGCUCCAGAGAUGCUGCUGGCUCUCAUGGAUGAAGCAUACACAGGAUCUGUAGGCGAUGGAGGUGCUGAUUCUGAGUCUGAGGAUAGCAAUACAAUGGCUUCUGGAGAUCCACUAUUUAUUGAGAUUCUGAAGGAUGAGAACGAUGGCCUUGCAGAACGGCAUUGGACUUCUCCUGGAAUGAUGAAUACAACACUCCAGGCUGCAACCAGCAGCCCUCAUUCUGAUAGACUAAAACAAGCGUUGAAAAUUGCACCUCGACUUCUAGAUGUUUAUUUUGCCAUCGCAUUGCAUGAUGUCAAUAAUUCUUUGCUGUGCGCUUUAAUACCGUUACUUAUGGCGAGAAAUUCUGUACUGUUUCCGGACAAAAUUUUCUGUUACGAGGUUCAAAAGAGGUUCCUAGAAUUUAUGCUUGCUGCAUUUCAUCGAAAUCCUGAUUUCAUAGCAUUACUGAAGAAGCCUAUAGUAGACAAACUUGGAGAAGCUUAUGAUAGUCCUGCUAAGAUGGAAUUGGCACUACAAUUGUGUUGGGCCAUUGGGGAGAAUGGAGGUGGCGGUGUUGCUCACAAAGAUGCAGCUCGUGAACUUUUUGAGAGUUUAGAACUGCUCUUGUAUGAAAAUCUUUCAGCAAGUCGUCUUGGUCUGAGGGAGUCAGCCUUUGGUUCCAGCAGUUCCACAACCUUAACAAAAUCGUCACAUUCAAGGCUGUUAUCUUUUGUUGUGACAGCAAUAGCAAAGCUGGCAACAUACCAUCCCGACUUGCUGCCAAGGGCACGAGUAUCACUCGCUAAGGUUGCUCGUUCUCGUAUAUCAGAUGCAAGGGUCUGGCAGCGUGCACGUGAUUAUUUGGGUCUGAUGAAUGAACCUGCAAUAUGUUUGUCUGUGUUGGGUCCUUCAAGACCUUCAAGUGGACACAUGCUGUGUCCUGGUGUUGUCAACUGGAGUGAAGGAGGCACAAAAAUGGUGGCUCACAUUCCCUUUUACAUUCUCGGUGAACAAGAAGGUCCUCCCUUCCAUGAUUUUUCAAUGUCAGACAUUCUUCCUAGAGAACGGAAGGGGUAACUUUAACCGGGUUAUUUUCAAAAUGUGCCGGAGAUCCUCGUUCACUGUUACCUAACCCGCAUGUCCUAAAUGUGGCUGAGAUCCUCACUUGCUCUUUUCCGAGGAUUGGAUUGGCCUACGAUGUCGCAUUACUACAGAACAAUUUUGUUGGAUUACUUGACUAAGUUGCCUACAUUGAUGCUUCCGUUUUUCAUCCUUAGCAGCUAUUUUGGUUUCUUGUGUUCUGAAAAUGGUUAGAAGCUUUUGUGUAAUUGUUGUAAAUGAAACGUUGAUGUUAGAUGGUUAAUAUAAUACUAUACAUUUGAUUAUCAUUUUA